AUGGAGGCGGACGGGGACGCGGAGGAGCUGGCGCGGCUGCGCUCGGUGUUCGCCGCCUGCGACGCGAACCGCUCGGGGCGGCUGGAGCGCGAGGAGUUCCGCGCGCUGUGCGCCGAGCUGCGCGUGCGGCCGGCCGAGGCCGAGGCGGUGUUCCGGCGACUGGACGCCGACUGCGACGGCGCCAUCACCUUCCAGGAGUUUGCGAGCGGCUUCUGCGGCGCGUGGCGCGAGGACGGCGCGGAGCCCGGCAGCCCCGGGAGUCCCGCGUGGCUGGACUUCCAGGCGCGCCUCGGGGACGAAGCCCGGCUCAUCCCCAGGAAAGAGCAAGCAAGUACCUUGUAUCAAAACAUCAACCUAGUGGAACCAAGACUAAUUCAGCCUUAUGAGCAUGUGAUAAGGAACUUCAUUCGUGAGAUCAAACUUCAAAACACAGAAAUGGAAAACCUGGCCAUUGCAGUGAAAAGAGCCCAGGACAAGGCAGCCAUACAGCUGAGUGAGAUGGAAGAAGAAAUGGAUCAGAGGAUUCAGGCAGCAGAAAAUGAGACCCGGAGAGAUGAAAAACGGAAAGCUGAAGAAGCACUCAGUGACCUCCGGCGACAGUAUGAAACAGAAGUAGGAGACCUGCAGGUGACCAUUAAGAAGUUAAAAAAGCUUGAAGAACAAUCAAGACAUAUAAGUCAAAAGGAAGAUGUAGCAGCAUUGAAAAAACAAAUUUAUGAUUUAUCACUGGAAAAUCAGAAACUCAAGAAAGAGCUUUUAGAAGCACAGACAAACAUAGCUUUUCUUCAGAGUGAACUAGAUGCUUUGAAAAGUGAUUACGCUGACCAGACUUUGAAUUCUGAACGGGAUCUGGAAAUAAUCCGAGAAUACACGGAAGAUCGCAAUAGUCUUGAGAGGCAAAUUGAAAUCCUCCAAACAGCUAACCGGAAGCUGCAUGACAGUAAUGAUGGCCUUAGGAGUGCCCUGGAAAACAGUUAUAGCAAGUUCAACAGAUCCUUGCGCAUAAAUAAUGUAUCACCAGGGAAUACAAUUUUUAGAAGCAGUCCAAAAUUUAAUGGUCAUUCUCAACCACUGGCUUAUGACAGGUCCUCCCGUUCUUCUUAUGUUGAUGAAGAUUGUGAGUCAUUGGCCCUCUGUGAUCCUAUGCAGAGGAUGAAUUAUGAAGUUGACAGCCUGCCUGAGAGCUGCUUCGAUAGUGGUUUGUCUACCUUGAGAGACUCCAACGAAUAUGACUCUGAAAUGGAGUACAAACACCAGAAGGGAUUUCAGAGACCACAGGGUGCCCAGCACCUGCAGAGCCUCGGGGACAAUGCAUCAGACACAGAUGGUCCCGAUCUUAGGGAUGAAGAACGAUAUGACACUGACGGCAUGACUUCUGUCUUGGACUGGAAACCCCCAGGGUCUGUCAGUGAAGGCAGCACUGUCAGUUCCUCCAGAAAGCCCAUCUCAGCAAUUUUACCUCAGGUCGGCAUGGCGGAUGACAACUCCAGACCUCUCAGCUCUCAGAAGGCUUACAAGAUUGUGCUUGCUGGGGAUGCUGCAGUGGGAAAGUCCAGCUUCCUCAUGAGACUGUGCAAAAAUGAAUUUAGAGGAAACACAAGUGCUACCCUAGGGGUUGAUUUCCAGAUGAAAACUCUCAUUGUAGAUGGAGAACAGACAGUUCUCCAGCUCUGGGAUACAGCUGGGCAGGAGAGAUUUAGAAGUAUCGCCAAGUCUUACUUCAGAAAAGCAGAUGGUGUUUUGUUACUGUAUGAUGUUACAUGUGACAAAAGCUUUCUUAAUGUGCGAGAGUGGGUAGACAUGAUUGAGGAUGCAGCCGACAAGACUGUUCCUGUCAUGUUGAUAGGAAAUAAAGCUGAUCUUCGUGACACUGCUGCUGCAGCAGGACAGAAAUGUGUCCCAGGGUAUAUUGGAGAAAAACUGGCCAUGACCUAUGGAGCAUUGUUCUGUGAAACUAGUGCCAAAGAUGGUUCCAAUGUGGUAGAAGCUGUUCUCCACCUUGCUCGGGAAGUAAAGAAAAGGACAGAAGAGGAUGACAGCAAAUCCAUCACCAGUCUAGUUGGGUCUAGUUCCAAAAAGUCAGUACAGAUGAACUGUUGCAAUGGUUAAAUCCCAACUAUCCUCAGCCCACAAAGUUCUCAUUCCAGAAUACUGACUUUGUGGCUUUGGUACUCAAUGGAGUGGUGCAUCUGAUGGACAGUGGUUGUGAAGAGUCACCGUGUGGCAAAUCUGAGCUGUGCUUCUCCAUCCCUCUAGAACUUCAGGUCUUCUCUGGUAUAUCUCAAUGUGCUAUUUGGGACUCUGGUCCUUAUGGUAUCUUAAAAGAUAUUGUGUUAAUAUUGUUAAUGUGACAAAAAUACAAUCACAUGAAAAAAUACAAUCACAUGCAUCUUGAAGCUAUAAGAGAAAUCACUGACAUAACUAGAUUCAUGGGAUAACUGACUUUUGUAGUUAACCCCACGACACUGCUUAAUUAAAAUUUCGGUCACAAGACCAUUUGUGUGAAAGAGUUAUCUAAUGUUUCUGUUAAUUAGCCUAGUGAUCUGGAGAAUGUCACCAGCCUACAUUUGAGGUAGCUAAGUAGUCAACCAUAACAAUAUUUGCUUAAGCUGUUGAGCAUGAGAGCAUACUAAUUCUUUCAUUAGUUAAGGAAAUUAAUACUUGCAGCUUAGGGAUGAAGAGAUAGACAUUAUAUUAUAGAUUAUCUUUUAAACCAUGGGCAGUGUGAAAUUGCAUGAAUACUUUCAUUUGCUAUGACAGCUUUAUUGUUACCUAAACUAGAGGUGUUAGAUGUGUUUCCACUCUGGAAAACAAGCAGCCUCGCCUCUCAGAUUCUAUAGUACUUUAAGCAACUGGUGACCCACAGUUACUAAGGACUUUUGUGAUUCCUGUCUUUUAACACUUAGGAAUUUGUUUAUUUUUUUUCCUACUUCAGAAGUAAGAACAGAACAUAAUUGAGGGAAAAUGGCAACAUUUUAGGGUCCACUGAAAAUAAAAUCAGUUUUAAUGAUUGUUAUUUUUUAUUGGCUCAUUUAAACUCCCGAGAGCUUCCUCUAUUUUUUAUGUAUAAAGAAAGUAUGUUUUUUAAAAAACUGCAUAUAAGAGAAUAAUUCAUAAUAUCAAGAUAUUUACAAGGCUCAUUCUGUGUUUAAAUUUUGUGUGAAUAUUUUUAAUGAAAGCAUGUAUAACCUGUAAACCACUGAAAGUACAGUGACACAAAAAUAUAGCCCAUCUAGUGACCACCAGAGGCUGAGGGAAGAGGGAUUGGCAGUGAGUGCUAGUGAACAGGUGAUUUCUCUGGAGGAUGACAAAAGUAUGUUAGACUUAAACUAGUGGUAAUUUUAACUAAACUAAAAAAAAAUCACUGAAUUAUGUCCUUUGAAAGGAUAAAUUUUUAUGAGUAUGAAUUACCUCAUAAAAUAUUACUGGUACCUACAAUAAUUUAAUAUUUUUCCAAAUGAAAAUGUUCAUGUUAUUUCACACCUUUCCACCCUUUAGCCUAAUCUAUAAUAUAAUGCCAGUCCCUUCCUCCCUUAACUUUAAGCCUUAACUUCCUUAAACAAUGAACAGUAAGAGUUAUGCAUUGCUUUGGAAAAUGAAGUCUCUAAAGGAGAAAUUUCCCUUUAAGAAAGUAUUCAGAGUCCUUUGGAAAAUGUGACUUAUGACACCUCAUUACUCUUGACCUGAUUGGUCUUGCACUCCUCCUAGGGCCUACAGCGUCUCCAAGACUUCCCCACUGAGAUGUCUAUAACAGCUAAUGGCAUCAUUGCCUGACCCAAAGUGGGCCAGAAGUACCAGAGUUUCUGUAUCCUGAAACAGGCUGUUUGUAGCAUGAUAUUUAAAUAUACCUGGGUUCAAAUAGGUCCAAGUUUCAAGUAGUUUACAUAAAGAAUAGUUAUUAUUUAUUAUAUGAUGUAAAUCCCAAACAUGUCUUUUUGUUAAAUUAAAAUAAUUCCUUAUGGCAAUACUUUCUAUGCUUUUCAUUUUUAUGAGAAAACUUUACAUUUAUUUAUGUUUCAUUUCGUUUCUAAGUGGAAAUUAAAUGUAUACAUGGUGCACACA